AAAGCCGACAGCGUCACCCGUGUUCCCCCGUGUCGAAAAAAAUGGAGGUUGCGACGGCGACGGAAGCGUCUGCGCCGGCGGGGAGCGGCCGCGCGAGCUGGCAGAGCCACCCGUUCCCGUGGCUCGACCUGGCCAUCUCGGAGCCCUACUACUUCCUCCACCUCCUCGCCUUCUUCUCCUACUUCGCGGCCCGCACCGCGGCGCCCUCGGCCGAGGACGACGGCGAGCUCCACGCCCGCCUCAUCCGACGGGAGAUCCAGGCGGUGCUCGUGUUCCUGGUGCUCUUCACGGUGAAGAUUGUGAAAGAGGAAAACUGGGAAACUUUCAUUGCGGAUUCAUUGCUGUAUGCAAAGGGCCUAUUAUUGGCAGUUACUUUUGUUAUUGAUUACAAGUUGUCCAUCUGCUACUUACUGGCAUUUGUCGUUAUAUAUGCUGUAGCUCAACAACCGCCUUAUGAUGGUUUAGGUCAUUCAAAUCAUCUGACCCCGUUGCAACUGGAAACCAUGCUAACUGAAGAUCCAAAAACACGGUUUUGUCUGGUUGAGUUCCGGACUUCCUUUUUAGCGAACUGUAUACAAGCAAGCAGCGUUCUGCCUGAACUCUCUAACAUAUACUCGAACAAGAACAUUUCUUUUGGAAUAAUUGAUCUCGGGCAUUUCCCAAAUGCUGCACCAAGAUUUGGAAUAUCCAUGUUGGAUCAUCUUCCCACAUAUAUACUGUUUGACAAGGCGACUGAAGUUGCUCGGUUCCCAGAAAUUGGAAAUGCAACAAAAGUAUUUGUGCCAAAAGUUACUAAGAAGCUUCUCUGCCAGCACUUUGAUCUUGACAGGCGACUGAUUGAAUACCUAUCUACCUAGUUGAUCCAUCAUAUAUCCCAGGUGUCUCAGAAUUGAAGGUGCCAAUUCAGACAAGAUAAAUUGACCAGACAGUUGAGUGGCAGCGAUCACUUCAGGGGGUGUAUACUCAAGCUUGUUUUAUUCGGUGGGUUUGGUUGCACCAUCCAAUCCAAGGCCAGUAUACUCUUGUGGCAACAAAUAUGUUUCACAUCUCACUACAAUCUGUCACUUCUUAAAUUCUGGAAUGUUACUGCCCCUGUAGAGAUCUUGUAAUGAUUUUCCGACUAUGCUUUGCACUGCAGUAGUGGUCAAUCCAGACACGAAUCGUUUCCGCAGAA